UAAUCCUCCGUUGAGGACAUACCUCCAUUGAAAAAAUGGAUAAAAAAUGUACAAAAGCAUCCCUAGCUUUUGUCUUUGCGCUCAUCAUCCUCUUCCUAGGCCACACCGAAGGGCAGCCUCGUCCCCGCACACCACCUCCACCAUCAACCCCAAGAACUCCACCAACUAAUCCUUCGCGUACACCACCAGAUCCUCCUCCUAGAAUUAUCCCAACCACUCCUCCACGAACGCCAUCGAUAUCUCCACCAAAUUUUCCUCCACAGACACUACCAAUACCACCUCCAAGAACCCAACCAACUUCAUCGCCGCGUGCACCACCACAAUCUCCACCAAAAUCUACACCAACUUCUCCUCCGCGUGGAUCACCAAUGUCUCCGCCAAAAACUCCACCAAUUUCAUUUCCGCUUGCACCAUCAAGUCCUCCACCAAGAAUUCCACCAAUGCUUCCUCCGCGUUCGCUUCCAGUGUCUCCACCAAUAUCUCCUCCACGGACACCACCAGUUUCUCCUCCAAGGACUCCCCCAACAACUCUCCCACAGGCAACACCAAUAUCUCCACCAAACUUUCUUCCAAGAACACCAACAAUGCCUCCUACAAAAACCCCACCAACCUCUCCGCCAAGUGUAACACCACAAUCACCGCCAAGAUCUCCACCAACUCCUCCUCCGCGUGCACCACCAAUUUCGCCACCAAGAACUUCACCAACUUCUCCUCCGCUUGCACCAUCAGUUCCUACUCCACGGGCUCCCCCAACCAUUACCCCACAGAUAUCACCGCUAUCUCCACUAAGGAGCCCACAAACACCACCAAUACCUUCUCCAAGGAGUCAACUAACUUCACCGCCGCGUGCACCACCAAUGUCUCCGCCAAGAACUACACCAAUUUCUCCUAUGCUUGCACCAUCAAUUUCUCCACCAAUGCUUCCUCCACGUGCAUCUCCAGUGUCUCCACCAAUUUCUCCUUCACGAACACCACCAGUUCUUUCUCCAAGGAUUUCUCCAACCACUUCCCCACAGACAACACCGAUUUCUCCUCGAACGAGUCCACCAAAUUCUCUUCCACAAACACCACCAAUGUUUCCACCAAAAAAAUCACCAACUUCUCUCCCGCUUGCACCACUAGUUUCUCCACAAAGGAGUCCACCAAAUUCUCCUCCACGGGCACCACCAAUGCCUCCUCCAAGAACAUCACCAACCUCACCGCCACGUGCACCACCACAAUCUCCGCCAAAACCUACACCAACUUCUCCUCCGCUUGCACCACCAAUGUCUCCGGCAAGAACUCCAUCAAUUUCUCCUUCGCUUGCACCAUCAGUUCCUCCACCAAAAAGUCCACCAAUGCUUCCUCCGCGUGCACCUCCAAUAUCUCCACCAGUAGCUCCACUAUCGCCUCCUCCACAGACACCAUUAAUACCUCCUCGAAGAACUCCACCACCGCCUCCCCCGCGUGGCACAUGCCCAAGGAUUGGUGUGCAACUACGAAUAUGUGGCACUAUUCUAAGUAUUAUUGAUGGUUUCCUAGGAUUUGGAAGGGCACAACCAUGUUGUUCUCUCAUUCGUAAUCUUUCUGAUGCUGACGCACUUGCUUGCCUUUGUGAAUCAGUGAGAGCUCCAAGUCGCAGUCUCUCUCCUAAUAUCAUCAACCUCUAUAGAAUAUGUGGUCGUAGGAUUCCUCCGGGGUUCACUUGCCCAUAACCACCUCAUUUGCCCCACAAUAUACUAAAACUCAUUUACUAUAUACGCUUUGUCCGUAAUUUUAUUUUAUAUACUAUAUCCCAAUAAUCCAAUAAAACAUAAAUAAAGUUUGUAUGAUAUUU